UGCCGACAGCCGAUGUGACAGGUGACAGAUGACGGGUUGACGGGUUGUCAAAUGCUGUUAUGAAUGGAACAGAUUUAGAUUUUACUUACGUGGUGUGGAUACGAUACGCCGCGCGUUCUCGCUCUAGCCGUCGACGACGUGGAGAGAUGACAGGAUCGGUGACCGGAUCGAACAAAUCGAUGGCAUAAAUGCGCUCGGCUAUCAGCGCUAUCCUGUCGAGUCCGGUGCCCGACAACAAGAUGUCCCAUCCCGACUACGAGCAGACCGCUCACGAUCACGCCUCCCUGUUGCUGCUGCUGCGGCCGGUCGGCACGCAGAUCAAGCCGAAGACGGUCAGUAGGUUAUGCGAGCGGAUCGUCAAGACUGGCAGCAGGUUCUCCGUGUCCGACUCGAGCGGCGGCACCCGGGAGAUCCUCGCCCGAUUUGUCCGGGAGCAUCCGGUGGAGAACAACGACUGGGGGGACUUUCAGACGCACAGGAGGCUCUUAGGCCUGAUCACGUUCGGCAAGUACGACACGCAGACGGAGUUGAACGAGCUGUGCAGAGUGCACGAGACCCUCAAGGUCAAGUACAGCAGCACCUUGUACGACUCGCGUGCCAUCCUCUUCGGUCCCCUCGAGUCGAACGGCCGUCACGAACCGCCGCCGGGCUACACCACCCCCGGCAACUUUAAAACGCGGGCAAUAUUCUAUGCGGACGAGGCGUGCCCCUCCGAUCUCGAGACGCAAACGGCCGAAUAUCUCAAUUUUCUGUUCUGGAUCUUGGAGUCGAAAAGGCUGGAGCGUUCCAGGGAGAAGAUAGACCGUGUCUCUCUUCUGUUGGCUCCAUUUGAGAAGAAAGAUUUCAUCGGGUUAGACCUCGAGUCGAGAAAUAAUAAGAAGAGAUGUGUAGGCCGAAUGACGAAGCAUUUAGGUGACCUGUGUCUUCAAGCCGGACUUCCAGCCGAUGCCCUGAACAAUUAUACGUCCGCGGCCAACAUUCUGCAAGCCGUCAAUGACUGGUUGUGGCUGGGAGCAGCGUACGAAGGUCUCUGCGCUGCUUCGGUCUUGGUUCUUUAUCCUAAUAUGUGCCGAAGUCUUCCAUUGCAAAGAAAUUCUUCCCUGCAAGAAGGAAGUCCAAGUAAGCAGAGACGAGGAUCACAGGCUCUUACAGUUUUGCCAUCUCCGCCCAGUAUAGACAUGGUAAAGGCCAGCAUGCCACAUAUUUUACUACCUGAGGAAAUAUCUAAGAAAUAUCGCGAAGCUAUAGUGCAUUAUAGUAAAUACCAAUACGCAGGAAUAAUUGAAACUGAAGCUAGUUUCAAAGCUACGAGAAUCUCAAUAGAACAGAACUGUACCUUACAAGCUGCGUCAUAUUUAAAUAAUGUUGUAUUGAUUAAUUUGUCUCUGAGCGAACAAGAAAAAAUUGAUCGAUUUACUACAUUGUCAGAUCUAUAUACGAGCUUUGGUUUUGACAGAAAAGCGUCAUUCUGUUUGCGAUUGGCCGCUACUCGUCAUGUAUCGCAAAAUAAUCCUAAUCCAGACUGGCAACAAUGUUAUAAUUUGAUGUUGCAAGCUACAUCUGGAUUUAAAUUGUCUUUAGAUCCUGUCGAUAUGCCACCAGGUUACUGCACGUGUAUUAAAUUUUAUGGACAAAGAGGAUGGCCGGCUAUACAGAUUCAAAUAAUAAACGAACUUGUUGCUGCUGCCAACCGAAUGGGCCAUCCGGCACUCGCUACAAGGCAUCUGACGUUUUUGCUCCAAACAAUGUAUAAUCAUCUGACGCUUACCGAACGGAAGGAUAUUGCACUACAGUUACAAAAUGUAUCUCAACAGUGCGAGGGUGCGCCAGUCCCUCUUGUUUUAGAUUCUGGUACUGUCAUACCACCGGCUAAUUUAUUAAAUAUACCAAAAACAAAAUCGUUUGCUCUGAAAAACAUGCAGCCACAUUUACAGCCUCAAAAGAUAGAAAGGGUGAAAGAAGAUCAUGGUCCAUUUUUAUUUACGCCAAUUAAUUUCGGAUCGUUGGAGCGCAAAAAUACUUCGAAAAGCAAAGUUGAUUAUUUGUGGGUGGAAGGAGAUAUCUGUGAGGUGUCAAUGCUGCUCAUAAAUCCUUUACCAUUUGAAUUGCACGUGUCUAACAUGAGACUUUUGACAAACGGUGUAGUAUUCGAAUCGAUACCAGAAAGUAUUAGCCUGCCUGCUGAGUCUGGUCCGCGUGCAGUUACGUUAGCAGGCAGACCCAAGGAAGUUGGAGAUUUAGAAAUACUCGGAUUCAGCACACAUACAUUAGGAGUUAAAUCUAACUGUAGAUUGAGAUACAUGGAGAGUAUGUUACAUCCUCAAUAUACGGUCGAAGUCAUUCCAGCCUUACCAAGAAUCGAUGUCGCAACUAGUUUGCCUCAAACUGCUAGUUUCAGUUCCGGCGACAAUAUAGUUACCAGCGCGAGUAUAUCUCUCUAUGGCGGUGAGAGCGCCGAGUGUACCGUGACGAUAACGAACGCCGGUCAAGUUCCUAUUGAAAUGGUCGAGUUAUCAGUACAGUCCACUCUGGAUGCUGUAACUGAGAGUAAAAUUUUCAAAUGGAGCGAUGAGAAUCUAAUGACGCACGUGCCUUUACAACCUGGCAGCAGUGCGAGUCUUACUUUAUAUCUGUACGCAGCGACGGACUUUAUAGCGCCUUCGAUUAGAAAUGAUGUUACUAGCAGUACCUGUCUUAGUCAACCGAGCAGUUUAAUGUCACAUUCAGGCCACAGUUCUUUACCAUCUAGGCUUAGUUCUCCGUCUCAUACGAAAAGACAAUCCGAGCUGACCUCUUCCUUCAGAUCGGGAAUAAGUUCGCACUCCGGCCACUCUUCUUUAGCGAGCACGCGUUUGUCGAAACUUGCAGUACCUUUGCAGACGUCUAAUAUUAUCGAAGGUCAAUUGAGGAUAAAAUACUCAGGAGGUGGAGGCUUGGUAAAUGGAUACUGCAGAAUUUCAUCUGUUUUUAUAACCAUUGAGAUGCUACCCAGUGUGCAGAUUACUACGUGGGAUGUAUUGCCGGCUGAAACACCAUUGCAAUUUUAUCUCGUACUGGACGUGACAAACAUGACAAAUCACGAAAUGGAAUUGCACUAUACGCAAAAUAAAUGUAUAUACAUGGAAGGUAAAGAACCAUGUAGAAUUCCUGUUCCAGUUGACCGAUGUCCACUUAAUAAAUUAUCUAUGUUAAAUGGUGCUGGUGACACAAGUGAACUCCAAAAAAUAUGUGCUGAACAUAUAGCUUCGUUGGUUGAUCUACGCUGGCAAUUACUAGGUACCGAGUCAACAGGAAAAGCAACUCUAUCCGGCAUUACUUUAACUCAGGAUAUGUUAGAUCUGGUCAGAAUGAGUCCUCUACAGUGGGAAAUAACUAUUAACGAUAUUAUUGUAAAAGCACAAGAAGAACUGUCGUGUGCUUUGGGUGAAUGCAUAAGCGUUGGUGUGGGAGUGUGCAAUGCUCUGGAGCAUCCGCUGAGUGAUCUUACAUUGUCCAUUAAUUUCUAUCAGGAUCAUCAUAAUGGAGUGAAUAAUUAUCAGUUGGAAACAAGAUUAUCCAUAGCUGGAGCAAAUAAGGUCAUGCUGCCUACUUUACAGGAAUCCGGCAGAGCCUAUCAUGAAUGUCGCGUAGUAUUCUUUACUGCUGGUCAGUACAAAAUAGAUAUUCAAUGUAGUAGUAAAGAAUCCGCUCCAAAUUCUCCAAUACUUUAUUCGGAGCUCAUAAAUGCGGGACAUACAUGGCGUUACAUACCGCCCAUCGAGAUAACUGUCGACGAUUAUUAAUAUAAUGAUAAAUAUAAAAUACAAAUCACCGUCUACACCAAUGAACUGUGUAAUAUUUGUAAAAAGAAAGAACCGAAACGUUGUGUAUUACGUAUAUACAUAAAAAUAAAGAAAAAAUAUUUACUUAAAACAUUUAAUAAUUAUUUUAUGUACGUCUGUGCGUGCGUUAAAUAUAACGUGCUUACUUCCAACAAGCUAUUGUAUAUUAUAUGUGUAGAUUAUAAAAAAUAUAAAUAUAUUAUCGUUUA